AUGAGGGCCUUCAGGGUUCCCAUUUUCCUGCUUCUCGGUGUUUUUCUUCUUUCCGGUCGUAUUGACGCUAGGAAGCUAGCUGUGAGCGAAAAGAAACUGCAUGCAGUUGGUGAGAAUAAAUCAUUCUUCCCUUAUAUCCCUGUUUAUGGCGAUGGGUUCGGUUGGCCUGGUUCCGAUGGCCGCAUAGGCGGAGGAGGUGGGGGUGGUGGUGGUGGAGGAGGCGGGGGUGGCAAUGGGGGUGCUGGAUAUGGUUUCGGAGGUGGUGCUGGAGGUGGGAUUGGGUCAGGAAAAGGAGGGAUUGGAGGCGGAGGUGGUGGCGGGGGUGGUGGUGGUGGUAGUGGGUUUGGCGGAGGAUACGGUGCAGGAUUUGGAGGAGGAAUCGGAAGUGGGAGCGGAAUACCGUGA